GCGACCUUGUAUGACAAUUAAAAGAUCAUAAGUGUAGGACGAAUACAUCGCUAAAUGGAAUUGUAUAAAGCUGUUAAAACCGGCCUAAAAGAAUUGACACAAGCAAAUACAUCAUGUGAUGAUGCACUCUUUGCAAAUUGGACACAGCUUAUACUAAAUGGUGAAUCAGUUAACUACAGGAAUGAAAACGAUUUUGGACAAGGACCCCUUCACUGUGCUGCAAACGAGGGGCAUUUGCCUGCGGUCCAGUUUUUGAUAAAUCAUGAAGCAAAAGUGGAGGCCGCUGACAGAAGGGAGCAAACUCCACUGAUUCUUGCGUCAAUAACGGGUCAUCUAAAGGUUGUUAAAUAUUUAUUAUGCCACGGAGGAAACAUUAAUCGACAAGAUAAGUUCGGAUGCACAGGACUUUUGAGGGCUUCACUUGGUGGUCAUUUGUCAAUUGUGCAGUAUUUUAUUAGUCAAGGGGCAGACAUUAAUAUAAAAAACUACAAAUUCGGAAGAACAGCAUUAUACAGGGCAUCGACUAUGGAACACAAAUCUAUAAUGGAAUAUUUAGUUGACGAAAAGGGAGCUGAUAUCAAUGCAAGUGCACAGAUGAAAAAUGUAUGUUGA